UCAACACAGUUGAGAUCCAAUCAACAUUCAGAGUUGUUUUCAUUUCUAAUCUCACAACUUUUCAUUUAUUUUCCUCUUUAAUUGUGAUAAUCUUUUACUGUCACCAGUUAAUUGUAACAAUUUACCAACUAUUAGUGUUAGAGUAACAUGAUUACGUUAAAAAAAUCAACAGAUAAUCAAGUUAAUCAACUAAUUAAAUGUUUAUUUCUCCUUGUGUUUACCUUUAAAUUGGUUAAUGCAACUCUCACACCAGAUGAUAUAGUUACUAGUAAACAGAAGAAAUUGGAAACUAGUGGAUUAACUAAUAACUCGCUGGUUUCUAGAGGUUUAAUUGUUUCUUCACCCAAAGUAAAAGACAUUCUGAAGGAACAUUCAAUUUACUCUGAGGAAAAUGUUUCCGAUCGUUUUGUUAAUGGAACCGUUUUAGGUUAUGUUACUCCGUGGAAUGGUGAAGGUUAUGAUAUUGCCCGAACCUUUGCCAAAAAGUAUACCCAUAUAUCUCCUGUUUGGUUACAGUUGAAGUUGAAUGAAGAUGAGGAAACCACCAGAAUUGAAGGAACUCAUGAUAUUGAUUCAAAAUGGAUGGAAGAUUUAAAGACAAUUAAUCCAAAUUUGAAAAUAGUUCCCAGAGUUAUUCUUGACAAUUGGUAUAAUUCACAGUUGAUUGUUUUACUAACCAAUUCUAAAUUGUCCUCAUAUAUUGGAAGGCAACUUGCUGAACUUGCAAAGAAAUGGCAAUUUGAUGGAUUCGUAUUGGAAAUGUGGUCUGCCUUUGCUGCUCAACAAAAGUCUGAUGUAAUUGAAAUCAUCUCUAAAAUCUAUGCUCAUUUCAAGAAAAAUAAAAUUCAACUCAUUUUGGUUGUACCUCCACCGAUUCAUUAUGGAGGAAGAGUUGGUUUAUUUGUGAAAGAAGAUGCUGAAAGACUUGCUCCUUAUGUCCAUGGAUUCUCAUUGAUGACCUACGAUUAUUCAAAUGCCCAGAGACCAGGGCCAAAUAGUCCAAUUAAAUGGAUUCGUGAGUGUGUCAAGUUAAUUGCUCCAAAAGCUACAAGUCCAAUUAGAAAGAAAUUACUUGUUGGAUUAAAUUUCUAUGGAAUGGAUUAUUCACCAACCGGUGGAUCAGCAAUUCUUGGCAAACAAUAUAUUGAAAUAUUGGAAAGAUCUAAACCUAAAUUAAUCUGGGAUGAAACUUCAUCUGAACAUUACUUUGAAUACAAAUCUGGAGCUGGUCGAAAUCGAGUAUUUUAUCCAUCACUUAUGUCCAUUCACAAACGAAUUCAAUUGUUAAAUGAACUUGGAACUGGUUUAUCAAUUUGGGAAAUCGGCCAAGGAUUAAAGUAUUUUCAAGAUCUUCUUUAAAUUGUUAACCUAAACAAUCAAAAUUCACCGAAAGCACAAUCAAUUGAAUCAUAAUCAUAAAGGAUCAAUCAACUCACUACACCAGUUUAAUUGGUAUGAAAUUGACCAAACAUUAAAUUCCAAUCCAUUUAUUUUACUCUCAAUUCAAUCAACUAUAAACAAUUCAAAUUGUUUCGAAAAGUUUUUACAAACUAAUUGUAAAUAAUUGAAAAUCUAGCAAAAUUUUAUCAAUUGAUAAACAAGAUUGAACAAA